AUGCGCGAAUACGGGGCGACGGUGCGAGAGCACGAGGCACCCACCGCGCGUUACGAAUUCAUAAGGGUUUGUUUCAACCACAUUGCGAAGAAGGGUUUCUUCAGUGACAAAACGUUGCAGAAAUUGAAGAGCCCCACACCCCUCCAAAAGAUUUCGGUGGAGGAAUUAAAACGCCCCACUUGGCGUAUGGUGUGCGCGGCGGGGGUUCAGGGUGGUUCGCUUCUUCGGUAUUAUUUCUUUUUGAAAACAGCGCACCGAAGACAGCCGCGGCUCAACAGAGGGCUGUUACAGGCCCAGGGUUCCGGCAGCUUCACCCCCCUUUGCCCCCAUGGUCGGGCUGGAAUCGCUGAAUGCUUUAUUGCGGGGUGGCCCUGUAAACCCCCGAGGGCAAACCGACUUCGGGUACGUUAG